UGCCCAAAAUGCUUGUCCCUUCUGUUCAAUUUUCCACAUUGUCCUUUUUUAGCAGCAAAUAUCUGAGUUGUUAUGAGCUUAGAUAACAGGUAGGACUUAGGAGGAACCAUUGGCUCCGAGAGUUAUUAGCUAGCAACCGCAAACUUAGCAACCCCCUCUAAAUUGGUCCCUUCAUAAACCACCGUGAUAACAAAUCACCCUCAUUCAGUUUAUGCCUCUUGAUUCUGUUGCCACCUUCCAAACAACCCUCCACCACUCUUCACCGCCUUAGUUCCGAUCGCCCUACCGCCACAGCCACCGCCACCAUAAAUUACUUCCUGGUUACUACACAUAGUAACAACUUUUUUUUAUAUGGUAUAAUUUAUUUGGAACUCAGGAAUUAACCUGUGCAUCAAGGAGUUUGAUACACACACCCCAUCUUAUUAUAUACUUUAUUUCAUAACGUGUAUGCAGAGUAUUAUCUACCACGUGGGCAUAAAAAUUAAGCAAUUGGCCUAUGGAGAGAAAAUUGAUGAAAUUAAACACAUAGCAAGAAGUUGAAGUAAUUUCUUUAAUUGCCAUCAAGUUUUGGAAGGAGUUGGAGCUUGAUGGAGGGUAUGGCAAACAUUUGUGAUGAUGCAACCGAGGGCGACAAUGCGUUCCUAACCAUGUUUGGUGGCGAUGAAAGUGGUGGCAGUGGCGGUAGCGAUGGCAGAAGCGGUGGUGAUCAGGGUGGUGGCAAUGUGGAGGAUGUGGCUCUGAAGAAGGGUCCUUGGACAACUGCAGAGGAUGCUAUUCUAACGGAUUAUGUGACAAAACAUGGUGAAGGGAAUUGGAAUGCAGUGCAGAGGAACACGGGGUUGAAUAGAUGUGGCAAGAGUUGUAGGCUCAGAUGGGCUAACCAUUUGAGGCCCAAUUUGAAAAAGGGUGCAUUCUCACCUGAGGAAGAAAAGAUCAUUGUUGAUCUUCAUUCACAGUUUGGCAACAAAUGGGCCAGAAUGGCUGCUUUGUUGCCUGGGAGAACAGACAAUGAAAUCAAGAACUAUUGGAACACAAGGAUUAAACGCCGCCAAAGGCAGGGUCUCCCUCUCUAUUCAGAUGAGCAUGAUCAUAACCAUCGUUCCACAACACCAACCUCUCCCACCACACCUUCCCCAUGCCUCACACCAACAGGAUCAAACCCCAACAUUGCCACAAGUUUUGAGUUCUUCAAUCAAAACCAACAACAACAACAACAAUACCAACACCAAUACCAAUACCAACAACAACAACACCCUCUAUCUCCAACUGCAUCUCAUCAUUCCCCUCUCAGUUCCCCUCUUCAACACAGACAACCCUUCACCUCUUCAUCACCUCACAAUUUCUUAGACCAUUCACCUCUUCCACUCUCCUCCUCUUCACCCUCCCCUCUCUCCUUCUCCUUCCAAAAACCAGCACCAAUGCUAAGCACCCCUCUUCGCUUCAAGCGCUACCGCACCUCUCCAAGCUACAACAACCACCUCUCUGACCCUCCUCUCACCACCCAAUUCCCUCACCUUGAUGGAUUCAGGUUCCCAGUUUCUUCAGGCUUUUCUCAGUUUUUUCAGCCCUCUUUAUUAGACUCCGAUCGAGGCGUUUCUUCUUCCUCCUCUUUGGCUUUCCAACCCAAGUUGGAGCUCCCUUCAAGCCAGUAUUAUAAACCACCCCAUGAGCAAGACAUUAAGCUUGACAUUGAGUUCAAUGAUCCUUCUUUUCAAAGUAGUAGUAGUGGCUUUCUGGGGGAUCUUCUCUUCGAGGCUCAGGCAAUGGCUUCAGGCCAAAACUCAAAGAAACGAGGUUACUUGAGUUUGAAUGAGAGAAAUGAUGUGUUUGAUGCAUGCCAAAGCUUUGAGAACUUUCCAUCUAGCUCUCUUUACUGGCCUUCUUCAACUUCUGAACCAAAACCAAAGGAAGAGGCACCGGACUUCAGUAAAUUCAUGAAUGAGGAGGUGUCAUCAUUGCUUACAGUGGUUCCAUCUUCCAGUAUGCAUGGUCAUGAGUGGCACAAUAACAGUGCCACAGAAGUGUCCAAUGUCCAAUCGUCUGGUAGUGGCAAGACAGAUGACAAUUUUGUACUUGAUAUCAAACCCAUAACUUCAUUGUUUCCUCUCUCCAACACCGCAAGCCAUGAUGAAAACCAAGGAUGCUACUCUUGGGACAAUUUACCUGGUCUCUUCUAAGCCAAUAUUAAAAGUGAAGAAUUUACGAUGCUCAGUCAGUUUUAAUAAAGCCCGAGCUAAUUAAGGAAAGAAGAAUUAAUUAAAGAAACAAGCUUACUGAGAAAAGCAGGCUAAUUAAGGAAAGAAGACUAAUUGAGGAAUGCUAGACUAAUUAAGAAAAGAAUAAUAAUUAAGGAAAGCAUGACUAAUUAAAAAAAGUAAAGGCAGACUUACUGCAAAAGAAGAAGAAAGAAGAAGAAAAAGACACAGAAAUUUCAGGAGAAUACAAUUUCCUAUAAAAGACAAAGGCUCGAAGUAGGAGAAGCAAACAUCGGGAGUCAUUUCUUCCUUCCAUUCCCUUUCUUAUUUUUUCCCCCUUUACUAAAUAUUUUCCUCUUGCAAUUGUAAAACCUCUAUGACAAUGAGAGGCUAAACCCUCUUUGUUGAGAAUUCUUAUCUAUUUAUGAAUGUUACA